GACAGACAGGGGGAUCUAUUUGUAACCAACUAACCGCAACGACGAAGGCAAACGGAGCAAAAAUACCCGAUUAUCAGCGUUAAAGGACUGACAGGGACAACUGAAUCGUGCGGGUUUAUUUUAUGUCUCCGUUGUUUGGUUUGAUAAGCUCUUUAAAGAAAAGGCACUGCAAUGGUGCGUUCAUGUUGCCUGGGGAACACGAGGCACAAUGUAUGCCACGAAUAAAAUAAAAUAAAAAGGUACUUCUUUUCGACGAUAAAUGUUAGCCCGUUCAUAGUAUAUUGUUUGUUCUAUUUAAUAAAUCAAUGUCAACAGCAACAACCUUGAAUACUGUAAUUGAAAAACAAUACAAAAAGGCUGCCAAUUGCUUCUCCAAAUAGCCCACAACCGUGAUCAGAGCAUCUGGUAACUCUGGCCUCGACCCUGUCAAUCACAGAAUGAGAUUUCGGUCGCUUUUUUAAAUUUUUUUUUACAUGAAAAUGUAAUUUGUUUUAUGACGGUUUAAACGGCUACAGCAAACGAGAAUUUGAAGAAGUGUCGUAUUUGCCACUUUUAGUCCUGGUGAUGAAGGCAGCAUCAGGGACGAGGAGGAGGGGGGGUGCAGCAGUGAAAUCCCUCCCCGGAUUUGACACACACACGCACACGCACCUUGACUGCUUGUAAACACAGGCGCACACGUGACACUGCGCGGUCGCGUCGUCUGCGAGCGGACAAAGGACGGGUCGCAGACAACGCGUCGGUCGCUGUUCCCCGAGCCGCGGCGGUCGCGGCGUGCAGGUGAGCGGACAGGUGCCAUGGCAACCGACGUCGUGUGGCCCGAGAUGAAGCCGACUCACCGCGCUGUCCGGUGAACUUCUCCCCGGCGUCUGCACCGCGGAGCCCGAGCCCUCCGGAGCGGCUGGCGACGUUAGCCGCGCUCUCGGCCGCUCGCACGCAGCCGGGCAGCGGGUAAACAAAGCUGGAGGCCCUUCGUCGCGCCGCCUCACUCCGUUUGUUCGCCUCCGCUCCGGCGGGUGUUUAAAUCUUUUUUGUUGUUGUUGUUUUUUUUUACUUUCCUGGCUGGUGCCGAUCGCUAGCCCGCUAGCUGAACCCUUUUAGCCUCGACAUCCCCCCCUCCCCCCUCCUCCUCCUCCUCCUCCUAGCACAACGUUAAUCUGCUCCUCUCCGGCUGGAUGAGAUGUCAUUCACCAUGGAGGACAACUUGGAGUCCGGCUGGGUGUCCGUCCGACCCAGGGUCUUCGACGAGAAGGAGAGGCACAAAUUUGCCUUCAUCGUGGCCUGGAACGACAUCGAGGGGAGGUUCGCCGUAACCUGCCACAACCGGACCGCGCAGAGACGGGCCACUUUUCUGGACCCGCUCCUCGACUGCAGCGCCGGCUCCGGCGCGCCUGGCGCCCCGCUGGCCGCCGAGAAACACGCAAGAGGUCCCGGCGCGACGGCGAGCGACGGCGCCCGCCAGGCGGCCAGAGCCCGACCCCGCUCCGUGCCCGAAGGGAAGCCCGCGGCCAGGGCCGGUGGCGGGGACGGGACCGCGGCGAAAGUCGCGGGCUCCCAGACUUCAGAGUGCGUCAGCCGCGCGUCCGGGUCCUGGGAUGUGGUGACGGACAUCGAGAUCCUGGGGCCCGCGGACGCCCCGCCGUCUCCCGGCGAGGCCGACCCGGGGGACCGCGAGGACUUCAGCUGGGCCGGGCUGUUCUCCUUCCAGGACCUGCGGGCGGCCCACCUCCAGCUGUGCUCCGUCAACUCGGACCUGGCGCCGUGCCUGCCCGCGCUGCCGCAGGAGCCGUGCGGCGUGUGGUCGGCGCUCUUCGGGGCCCCCGCGGCGGCGCGGCGGGACACGGGGCCCCUGUGCCGCCAGCUGCAGGUGUACCUGGGCCACGCCCUGGACGCCUGCGGCUGGAGGAUCCUGUCCCGGGUGCUGUUCUCCGAGAGCGACGGCGCGGAGGAGGAGUACUACGAGAGCCUGGGCGAGCUGAGGCGGAAGGGCCACGAGGACGCGCUGGACCGGGCCAAGCGGCGCAUGCAAGAGGUGUUGGACAAGCACAAAGCCCUGGACAGCAUGGUGGAGCUGCUGCAGGUCUACCCCGAGGAGGACGAGGCGUACGGAGAGCUGCUGGAGGCGACCACUCAGCUGUACCACUACCUGCUUCAGCCGUUCAGGGACAUGAGGGAACUGGCAAUGUUGCGCAGACAGCAGAUUAAGAUCUCUCUGGAGACGCAGCGGCUGGGUCCUCGUCGCGUGGAGGGCCUGAGGAAGGAGGAUGAGGAGUGGCAGAAGAAGGCUCACGCUGCCGUGCUCUCCAUACAGGACCUGACUGUGAGGUUCUUUGAAACCACUGCUCGAGCCCAGAAAGCUCUGUAUGAGCGUAUGCGUGCGGACCAGAGGAAGUUUGGCAAGUCGGCGUGGGCAGCAGCAGUCGAUCGCAUGGAGCGUCUGCAGUACGCCGUGUCCAGAGAAACCCUGCAGCUGAUGAGGGCCAAAGAAAUCUGCCUGGAACAGAGGAAACACGGCCUGAAGGAGGAGAUGCAGAGUCUGCAGGGCGGGGAGGAUGCCAUGCUGCGUCUGGACCAUCUGGAGGCGCUGUACUACGAGCUACAGCUGCAGCUGUAUGACAUCCAGGCCGAGGUGCUGCGCUGCGAGGAGCUGCUGCUCACCUCUCAGCUGCAGAGUCUGCGCAGGCAGAUGACAGAGCGACAGGAUGAGGUCGUGUACUACGACGCCUUUGAGAGCCCUGAUGCCAUGAAGGGAGAAGAAGAUCCCGCAACGCCGCCAUCCCCCCUCAGGGACGAGGAACUCUGCGUCCUGCAGCAGAGGACGCGGCAGCUCGAGGCCCGUCGAGGUCGCAUCACCGCCAAGAAAGUCUACCUCAAAAACAAGAAGGAAAUCUGUAUUGUCAAUCACAACCAGAAGAUACAGCAGCGCCACGGUAGCCUUGCUGACUGCAGUUCUCUUCCGGCCCUGCAUCAGGGAGGAGAAGCCGAAGAGGAUGACGAAGCCAAACAAAAUGCCAGAGUGAGUCAGGAGAGGCAGAGGACCCUGGAGCGACUCCGCAGCCUCAAACAGCGUUAUCCGGGCCAGGUGACUCUGAAGUCCAGCCGGUCGCGCCUGAGUCAGCCUCACAGUCGGAGGAGAGCGGGGCAGCAGCCGCACACCCAGGCGGCCGGCGUUCAGACCGACCUCCCGCAGCUCUCCGCCGCUCCUCGGCCUGACGUCUUGAGCUGCGACGCUGUGUCCCUACCAGCCGUUGAACUCCAGAGCCCCGCCUCUUCGCCGGCUUUCCUCUCGCUGCCCCCCCUCUCAGCUCCCGCGGCCGUUCCGUCGACGUGUGCUCCGCCUCCUCCCCCGCCACCGCCGCCACCCCCACCUCCCCCGCCACCGCCGCCACCUCCGCCCUCGGAGGACGCGGAGCAGAACCCCACAGGCAGCCCGGCGCGGCGACAUGAUUGCGAGUCUGAAUCCCCAUCGCUACCCCUGGCCCCGUUCUCCCCCCGAUUCUUCGACAGCAGCCAGCUGCUGACGGCGAGGACGAAGCUGAGGAAGACGGCCUCGCUGGACUCCUCGCAGUGGAGGAGAGCGAGCUCGCCCAUGGACGAAGUGCUGGCGUCCCUAAAACGGGGCAGCUUCCACCUGAGGAAGGCCGAGCUGCGAGUCCUGGCCCCCGACCCGGACGACGACAGCGAGAACAUCCUGGCCCAGAUCAGGCAGGGCGUCAGGCUGAGGAAGGUGCGGACCCGGCCGGAGCAGCAGCAGCGUCACGUCAAGGGCUUCCCCCACUCCGCCGACGCCCUGACCCGCAGCAUCCACGAGGCCCUGAGGAGAAUCAAAGAGGCUUCGCCCGAUUCCGAGUCUGAGGACGAAGGCCUUCCAUGCACCGACUGGGAGAACUAGUUCAGCUUAUUGCGAUUUUUAAAAACAACAAACAAAAACAAACUCCAAACACCUUUCUUUGCUUUUAUGGAUAUGUGGAGCCAGAACGAAGAGACACUGCGGAAUGGCUCAAGUCAAGCGGACAAGUCGCCGGGUUAAAAUCACCUGAUCCCUUGGUGCAAUUUGAACAAAAAAACCUUGAUUUAUUAUUAUUAUUAUUAUUUUUUAUUAUUAUCAGAAAACGGAUGAAUUUGUUUCAUACUUGUGCUUGUGGUUUGCAAAAGAUGGACCACUAAUCUUUUUUUUAUGUCGCUGCUGUGGCACUCUUGGCGAGGACACAACCUCCAGCCUCCCGUCGAAUCCAUCCACACGUUGGGAGUCGUACUGUACUGUAACUUUGCUGUGAUGGGUUUGUUUGAAGAAGUGAGUAUUUUUAUUUUAUUCUUUUUUUUUUUUACGUUUCUCUCACUAUCGGUGACAGUAAGCAUUCUGACUCUCUCCUCCGAUUCAGUUUUUUAAUGCGUUUACAUUUUUGCAUAGGAAAUUUCAGCACAGGAAAAUACUUAAACAUGUGCAGACUAGGACAAUUCCCACUGAAAUAAUUUGACAUUUUGGGAAAUACAGUUGUUGGCUGUUUCGCACACAUAAAUCAGACUUGUUCCAACCUUCAUAUCGAAUUCUCAGCCAGGACAAGCGGCUUUCUUCCCACAAAUGUUGAACUAUUUCUUUAAUUUGUUCCCAUAGAAGUGGAGCUGCCACAAGGUUGAGCGCUGCACAACUUGGUUUGUGAGUCAUUGUCAGUGACAGAACCCGCAUUGACUUGUGUAUUAGGAGAAUCAGCCAUGACACUUUUAGCAUUUUCACUUCAUUCAACUCAAACUUCACUCAAAUAAUCAAUAACAUACAUAUAGAAGCAGAUAUAUGUAAAGUAAAAUACAUCACACAGAAGGGGUUUGGGAUGAUGUGAAUCCAACUCAAUUGAAAUCUGUAUCAUUUAGUUGAGGGGGUUUCAUAGAAGGAGGCCUAUAUUAAGACACAGCUCAGGGAGAGUCAUAAGUCUGAGUCAUAACUCCUAACAAGAUUUAAGAUUCAGUGUGACCUUAGCUUUACAAAUAUGUCACCAUAUCCGCUGCAAAGAAACAUCCAGAACUCCACUGAGAAAUCGUGGGGGGACACGACGGCUCAUAACGACAGAACGUGCCUGAGAAUUGUCACAUUUCAAAGUUUCCUUCGGCAUCAAAGUAAUCCACUGAUGGGUGUCUGUACAUCCAUGGCUUCAUAGUUUCAUUUCAUCUCUGAGACUGUAGCCUCACUGUAACUAUGUGACACGCAGCCCGAAGCCACAGCUAGCAGACGUGAUGUUUCCAGAGGCAUACAAAAUAGUUACUUAUGAACCAGCACUGGAAAUAUUAGCAGUUUGUUCAUAAUAAAUAGAGAUGUUCCGCUACUAUUUUCCCCUUCCGGAUACCAAUUCCAAUAUUUGGACUUUGCCGAGUACCGAUGCCUACAAAGCCUUAAAGAAAAUAACGACUCAUAACGUAACUUUUUUUUUAAGUGCACGUAACGUGCUGUUUGUAGAGCGGAGGAGAAGAUGAGGUGACCCCUGGUGGCGCAGCGUCAGCAAUUUGUCAAUAUUUCACGCUGGAAACCGCUGUUUUAUUUGGGUGGAACCACUUUAAAAGACGUGGUAUGGGAUGGCUCGAUUGAUUCGCACAUUUUCGGGCAGUAUCGGGGGCCUUUCAACACUGGUAUCGGAACAUCUCUAUUUAUAAACCUUCGCUCUUGAAGAUCCCCCAACACCAGGUCAGUAUUUUGACAGUCACCGUAUGUUGAAUAAUUCUUCAAGACCCGACAACCAUGAUGAAGAAACUACACUAAAGAACGCUGGCAGUUAUGGUGAACGGUGGUAGAAAAACAGAUCAUGAAAAUCAAUUUUGUGAAAUCCGACGAUUAGGUGAAAUCGAUCGAGAGAUGAAUCUGCAGUUAUUUCAUUAGCCAGUGAAUCAUUUAAGUUGGGGGUUUUUUUUCAUACAAAGACUCAGAUUGUUCCCUGGUUGCUUUGUUUUUUCGAACGUGACAGUUGGCUGCGGUUUUUCUGUCUUGUUUUGGCAAAAAUCUAUAUAUUUUCGGUUUUUGACAGAUGGUCGCACAACAUCAAAUUGUAGAUGUCACCUAAAUUCUGAUGGGCAUUUUUCACCGUGUCAUACGUCAAUUUCAUAGAGUCAUCGAAAGAUCCUGGGGAAUUGGGCAAAUGUUUAAGACGGCCUCCUUUUUAGCGUUGAAAAAGCGACUUCCAGCCUUUAAAAAAAAAAAAAAGGGGCGAGCUUUAAAGACACACGUUCAUGACAGACUCCAGAUGUGCAGCAGCACCUUAAAGAAACCUUGACAUGACGUGUGUGCCGGAGCCUUUCGGCAGAGACGAGUUCAAACGUCCUGCUCACCACGCCUGACAACCUUCGGACCAUAUGUGCUGUUCACGUUCAUUUUGCUUGUUUGUUUUUAACUUGUCUUUUCGUUAACCCGAGAGUCUCUCUCCGUUUCCGCUGCCUUGCCCCCCCCCCCCCCCCCCCCGUCAAGCUUUCUUACUUAAUGGAGUUGUUGUUUGAGUUAACGUGUGUAUGUGUUUUUUUUGUUUUUGCUUUAUGCCAGUCUCUUAUCAUGUACGAACUGUCAAACCUAUUUAUAACUGAAAAAAACCUGACACAUUUUCCUGCAUUGAACAAUUCAUAUGCGACGGCUGACUUUAACAGGAGUAGUUGCACAUUUUUUGAGAAAUUUCAACACUUAAUUCUCUUUCUUCCUCCAAAACUCACAGAUGAACGUCACGUUGUCGUCACACCACAUUGAGAAUUUCGGCUGUAUUCCCAAAGCAGGUCAUUUUUUUAAUCAGAACUUUGACACACGCAUUAUUUUAUUAGGUGAUACUGUAAAUGGUGGCUCUAUAGUGUAUUUAUUUUUUUAGAUUUAGUGUCCCCAAAAACUGACCCUAUGAUAGAAAUGAGAAAACAGAGAGAGUGACGCGCGCGCGUGUGACGGAAGAACCUGUGAAUGGGUGUGUGGCGCUCUCUCUCACCCGCCUGGCCGCGAUUGUUACGGAAACACAUUUCCUUAAAACGCCAUCGUAGGCGAACGGAAAAUAUUACGGAGCUGGGAAAGGGGUGUCGUAUUGCAAAAAUCAAUUUCUUGUAUUGAAGACGUAAACUAUGAGGGGAAAAAAACCUCGGAUAUUCUCCAAAGCCGUGCUGGCUGAUUUUAGACAGAGUCUGUUAAGUUUUGAAUUAGUGAACUAACACAACACAGGCACAAGUGACGAAACAGUGAAACGGGAGACGACGGCGGACAGGGCGGAGUCUGUGGCGUUGUGUGGCUCAUGUAGCCUCUGUGUUGUGCAAGAAUUCUGGGAGAAUUUGCAGAGAUGCAUGACUCUAGGAUCUCGGAGAAUAUUCCAGUUUUGUUCCAUGUGGAUUCAGGACUUUAGAGCCAGAAAUUGCAUUUCUCGUUGCUUUUGUACGGAGCCAGGCUGCCUCAUCUCAACUUGGCAUGAAAGCCAAACGGGUGUUUUCCUCUUGAUUGCGAAACAAAACCUGUUAAGAGCCGCCGGGUGUUAAACUCGCGACACUGAGCAUGUUGUGUGCAGUACGACCACGUCCCGAUUCAGUCGCUCCUCCAUCCACACAGAUGUUAACUGAUAUGAAACUUCUUCUUUUUAUUUUUAUUUAAAUCACGCGUGACUUCUACCCUCCUCGCUCGGCUCUCGGCCCCUUUCUUUCUUUUUUUUUUUUUAAUUUUCAAUCUCUUUUGUUUAUCAGUUGUAGAAUCCAAAUUGUGACUUGUAGAUUUUCUCCCACCUCCGUUGGACCUGUGACCCUUUAUGACCUUAUGCAUGUGACUGGUUUGAGGGCGAGCCCAUCACAACGUAAGUGCAAUAAUGAAGAUUAAGAAGUCAUUUUUAUGAAUUAUACUGUAAUGAAAUGUAAAUCAUGAGAAAAAUAUAUCCGCAUGCCUAAAUGUAUUGAAGUAUUUAUUGAAACUUCAUAUUUUAAAGAAUUUUUAAAUCGUACAAAUGUAAAUGUACUUUAUACGUUUUUUGUUGUUGUUGUGGCUUUUUGUUUCCUAUCAUGACAUUCCUCUCUGCUUUCUAUAUCCUAGUUAUUAUAUAUAUUUUUGUCCUUUUAAAAAUAAAAAUAAAAUAAGAACCAAA